GGGGGGGCGGGGGUAGCGGGGGUUAAUCGUUGGUGUUGUUGGGGACAUUAAUCGUUGGCGUGACCAUGGGACAUUCCAAACUUUCAAUUGGCUCUGCUUCCACAACGGACACAGGGUGGACGGGACGGCAAGGCGAUGCGGAAGCAGGAGUGGUGGCGACGGGGACACAUCUCACUGUUGGAGAGAAAGACAACGUCCCGUGGUAGAAAGGUAGAAAUAGCAUCAUGUCGGCACCUGUGUAUGGAGCCGUCAAGGCAACGAGCCAGAUGAGCCGCGCUCGCGAUGAGGCCAAGGACGCGGCGUCAGCCGUGCUCAAGACCCGUGGUGCCCGCAAGGGCCUCGACGCCUCGGCUGUCGCUGAUGCGCUCCGUCUCUUUGAUCUCAACAAGGCGUACGGCCCGGCAAAGGGCAUCUCUCGCUCUGAGCGCUGGCACCGGGCCGAGGCACUCGGACUCGACCCGGACCCGGCCGUGCUCACUCUGAUCCAGGCUACGGACGCCGACGCCUGUGUCUGGGACGCGACCAGCACCUCGGACCUUCUGUAGGACGGAAGAUCGGAGGGGAGAGGGGAGGAGUAACACAACACAGAACAACACAA